UGUAAUAGAUUGACAUGUUCUCAAGACUCUCUGAGUCUUCCAUGGUUAGUGUUUUUCUAUUUCCGAUAAUUUCAUAUUUCACUUCACUGGUGAAAGGCAUUGACAACUGCUCAGCUACCUCUGUCAGCUUUUAUGAAAUAUUCAUUUAAAAAAAAAUAUAUAUAUAUAUAAUAACAUUCAAAGAAAAGAUUUGGCCUUUUUCAGUGAUUCUAAAACAAAUAUGUAGGCUAACUAGCAAUAAAUAAAUCCUAACAGUUUAACAAAACGAAAUGCAGGGCACAGAAAAAUGUGGUUAUAAACAAGACAAAGGAUCUUUUGGGAACAGAAGUAUUGGGGUUAAAUGUAAGUUGGGUUUACUGUGCCUGUCCUGUUAAAUGAAUAUGAAGUCAGGUUGGUUUUAUGCACGCAGGUUUCUAUCAUUGUGAAUGGCAGUUGGAGAAUCAGCAAUUGAAUAUAUGCUGUUUUAUCCUCGGAAUGUAUUAGUGAGAAAUCUCGCGAGGGGAGUUUAUUCUAGUCAAAGUGAAUGAGUAAUGCAGCAGAACUUCUGCUGCCAAUUUACACAACGCCACACACAGAACGGUUAGCUGAGCACGCUAUUCUUUCGUUUAUUUCUCCAGAAAAUAGGUCAUAGUGUCUCAGAAUAAAAAUAAUGUUAGUACAAAUAAUCGACACAAAUUCAUUUCUAGGUGAGGGCUUUAUUUUCUCGACUUUGAUCCAAUUUCACGCCACAAUCAUCAUCAGCACAAACACACAUUCAUGAAAGUAGAAAUGCAUGAAGUGGGGAAAAAAGAGUGUAAGCAGCGUCUAGUGUUUACCCAUUAUUUCAGGUAGACAUUGUGUAAUAAAUAAACAAAUAAACAUAAUAAUAAGAACAAUUUCGUACACUAACAUUAUUAAAUAUUAGCAUCUAAUUAUAUAUGCACCAUGCGCAACGAGGCAUUAAACGUGCAAUGCUCAACCGAUAUUUAUUUAAAAGCAUCGAUUGAUAUAAACGCCUCCAGUGAAAUCCAGUUGGUAUUUAAUGAGUAGCCUACAUAAAACAGAACUGACACUUUAUUGGUCAAUUUGUAAUCCAUACAAAGCGCAAAUGUAUGAAUAUAGGGAGGGCAAAUUUCUUCUCACUGUGCCAAUCAGAUUGCCUUUAAUAAGGGGCGUCCUGCAAUAACGGAGUGCUGUAUUAAAAUUAAAAGAUUAAACAAUUGUUUAAAGCUAGGGGAAAGGGAAAUACAUUUUUUUAUGAUUUUCAGCAUUUGGUGUAAACAAUCACAUUCAAGCCCCUGAAGCAACAUUCUGAUGUUUUUAGGCUACCUUAGAUUUGUUUAUGAUUUGAGUGGAAAUGGCUGCUUCCUGAUCGCCUAUUGAAAAACGAAUGCAUAAAAACUGGCUUGACAUGAGCAAAAAAUGUCGCUAAACGCCAUCGUUUAAAAAAAGAAAAGAAAAAAAAAGACCAUGAAGGCACAAAUAUAUGCGUUUAAAAUGUAAACAGACUUUAUUGAAUGCAUAUAAUCAGAAAUAGCAUAUAUUUGUGCAAAUAUGCCACAUUCAUUGCCGUGCAAGGCAUGCAAUCACAGGUAGAGAGAGAGAGAGAGAGAGAGAGAGAGAGAGCGCAGAGAUCGCGCGCGUGCACCACACACAGGUGAGCUACCUGUCAGAUGACUGAAGCAGCGCAGCAUCGGCCGCCUUACUCUCAUCUCUUCUUGCAAAGCCCCCGUUCCUCACGAUCAUGCUAUUGGUGUUCUUGUAACGAGCUGUUGCAAUUCUCGCUGUGUUCCGCUUAGCACAGGAUAGGUUAUUUGAACCGCCUCACUUUUCCCAAUGUCCCACCUGUACUGCAGAGCUAUUUAUGAGUCAGUAGACGGGACCACUUUGAGCUGGUUCAUCAAGCGACCCCGCAGUCCCUCAGCCAGAGCGUCUCCAUCUAUCCCGCAAUGUAAAGAUAGGUGGCGUGUGUGUCAGAGUCUCGAAGCGCAAAAGUAAAAAAGAGAGCGCAGAAAUGUCAUCUGAAGAGGCGGAACACGUCAGCGCGUCCUCAGAUCUUGGACGAAGGAGCGGAGCCCAUGCGGACUGCUGCCAUCUGACCCACUCUUAUCAAUGAAGCAGGAGAUCAUGGCGGAGGGUCCCCGGUGUAAGAGGAGAAAACAGGCCAACCCGAGAAGAAAGAACGUGCUGAGCUAUGAAAACGUGGUGGAUGCCGGUUCAGGGUCUGAUGAGGAGGACAGACUGUUGGGUUCUGAGGGCGAAGGUAGUCCAGCAGGAGUGCCGAGCCUGGAGGCCUCACCCCGGGUAGCCCAUGCUCUGCUGUCUUGUCUAGGGGAUGAAGAAAAUGAAAGCCAGGAUGGGGCAGGAGCCCACGUUUGGCGCCACAGAGAUCGCAAUGGCUCAGAGGAAAGAAAAGCUGAGUACAACUCCCUGAGUCCUGACAUCUCUCACCAUGGAAUUGGAAACGGCACAGUUAAGGGUAUCAAUGCCACUUCAGAGUUGGAAAGCAUUUUUGGAAAGAGGAAACUGGACGACAGUGAGGUACACGCGGCAAGCAUUGCUGAGUACCUACAGGACACUGUUAUCAUUUACCCAGAGGACCCAGAGGAGGGCACACGACUGAGCACACCAGAGGACAAUGGACAAGAUGAAAAUGAAAGCGAUCUGGCACUGAGGACACCAGAUGCCUUUGCCCAACUGUUGACCUGCCCCUACUGUGACCGGGGCUACAAGCGGUUGACCUCUCUAAAGGAGCACAUCAAGUACCGACAUGAGAAAAAUGAAGAGAGCUUCCCCUGUCCCCUGUGCAGUGACACCUUCCCUUACCACACCCAGCUUGAUCGCCAUAUGGCCACACACAAGGCCGCCAGAGAUCAGCCACAACUGCCAAACGAAGGGGCCGGCAACCGCAAGUUCAAAUGCACAGAGUGUGGCAAAGCCUUCAAAUACAAGCAUCAUUUGAAAGAGCACCUCCGCAUUCACAGUGGUGAGAAGCCAUACGAGUGCUCCAACUGUAAGAAGCGCUUCUCCCAUUCUGGCUCCUACAGCUCCCACAUAAGUAGCAAGAAGUGUAUUGGCCUCAUCUCUAUUAAUGGACGGGUACGCCAUGGAAUCAACACCAAGCCUGGUUCAUCACCAAACUCUGCGGCAUCCUCCCCUGGCAGUCCUGCAUUAGCUCAGCUCCGUCACAAACUGGAGAAUGGCAGGUCUAUGAGCCUCCAAGACACAUCUUCCCACCAAGACAUCAAGUCUGAGCCCAUGGACUUCAAUGAAUACCGUCUCAUGAUUGCAUCUCAGCAAGAAUAUGGUGGGCCAGGAGCCUUUCUUAAUGGCAGUGGCCAUGGGGGGAGCUCUCCAGGGAUACACAAUUCGUCUCAGCACCCCCUGCAACACCUGGGUAUUGUAUUGGAUUCUCAUCCACUGGGAUAUCCGGGGUUCAGCAACAACAUGAGUGAGGUUCAGAAGGUUCUUCAGAUCGUGGACAACACAGUUUUCAGGCAGAAGAUGGAUGGCAACCCAGAAGAGAUCUCUAAGCUCAGAGCAUACAUGAAGGAAUUAGGUUCCCAGAUGGAGGAGCAGAAGCUGGCUCUAGCAUCCAAGCAAAGCUUCCUUGGCGUUGAUCACAACAGUCCCACAAAGACCAUCAUUGACUACACACUAGAAAAGGUCAAUGAAGCCAAAGCGUGUCUCCAGAGUUUAACGGAAGAUUCUAAGAGGCGGGCUAUGGAUAUCAAAAAAGAAAGACCCAGCCAUGGCAUGGAUCUUGGAUCAGAAGACAAAGCACAGAUGAGGGAUGCACAAUAUGUGCCAUACUCAUGUCAGUAUUGCAAGGAGACAUUUUCUGGCCCUAUUCCAUUGCAUCAACAUGAGCGCUACCUUUGUAAGAUGAAUGAGGAGAUCAAGGCUGUCCUUAAACCUAAUGAUUCUUUACCACCAAGCCACAGGGGACUUUUUGGCACUGAGCAGCAGGACUUAUCCAUUUCUGAGAGGAAUGCCACCAGCCCGGUCAAUCCCUACAUGGAUCACAUGUCAGUACUAAAUACUUACUUUGCCAUGAACACUGAUCCCAACUCUGAGGAACUGAGGAAGAUCUCCAUGGCAGUAGGUCUUCCUCAGGAGAUUGUGAAGGAUUGGUUUGUGCAAUGGAAAGCUCAAUCUCACCACAGCUUGUCUAGGAAAAGAUCUCCUGAGAGAAACUGUGCAGAAAUUAACAAUGGCUUGGUCCGAGAGUCAGCACUUACCCGGUCACCUGUUUCUAUGAGCCAAUAUGGCGACUCAACAGCAGAGAUUCAAGCCAUCACCAAUGGCGAUUCAGGGCACAGGCUGUCCAAACCACAUCAGUUUACAGGCAUCAGGCAGACCAAUGAAAAGCCACUUGACUCUGUGGACCGUUUGAGAGCUGAAACACCCUCACCGUUGAACCUCUCGUCGUCAUCAUCGAAAAACUCACAUAGCAGUUCGUACACCCCUAACAGCCUCGCCUCGGAGGAUGUCCAUGGGGAACCACUUGACUUGUCUUUGCCAAAACAAGUUUCCAAGGCAGAACGGAGGACCAAACCAAAUGGUUUUUCCUUUGACCACAGUAGUGACUCCUCUGCACGUGAACAGGGAACAGAACCUUUAAACUUGGCCCAAAUUAAGAAGGAGUUCAAUGGGCCCAAUGAAAAUCAAAUCGAGAAAGCUCAAAGCCCCAUCUUUAGCAUAAACCCCUUCUGUAGCAGCCAUAUGUACACCUCUCUUCCACCUCAUGGAGCAUUCCCUCCACCUACAUUCAUGUCUCCAGCUCAGGCCAGCAUCCCAGGACUCAGGCCUUACCCAGGGUUGGAUCCCAUGAGCUUUCUACCACAUAUGGCUUAUACUUAUGCAGCAGGGGCAGCCACCUUUGCUGAGAUGCAGCAACGUCGGAAAUACCAGCGGAAACCAGGCUUCCAGGGGGAGCUACUGGACAGUGCAGGGGACUAUCUGUCAGGGCUAGAGGAUCUGACAGACAGCGAGUCGCUGCUCACCCGGAAGAAGAUUAAGAAGACUGAAAGUGGUAUGUACGCGUGUGACUUGUGCGACAAAACAUUCCAGAAGACCAGUUCCCUCCUAAGACACAAAUAUGAGCACACAGGAAAGCGGCCUCACCAGUGCCAAAUUUGUAAGAAGGCCUUCAAACACAAGCACCACCUCAUCGAGCACUCACGCCUACAUUCGGGCGAGAAACCCUACCAGUGUGACAAAUGUGGCAAGCGCUUCUCCCACUCUGGCUCUUACUCGCAGCACAUGAACCACCGAUAUUCCUACUGCAAACGGGAGGCGGAGGAGCGUGAGGCUGCCAAAAAAGAUAGCCAUGACAACGGCGGACCUUUGGAGCCUACAGAGCUCCUCAUGCGUCGGGCUUACCUUCAAGGCCUCGGCCCUCUGGGGUUUUCUGAUCCAGAGGACCAGGCUGAGGACAUCACACGAGGAAACACCAUACUGAGAGAUGGCACAGAGGAUGGGGCCAGAGAGGCAGAGGAGGUGUAUCCGCAAGUGACAGGGUUGGAAGUGGAGAUGGAGGAAGAGGAGCAGAGAUUUGACACUCAGAGCCCUGAUGGGACAGCUAAAGAUGAGAAAGAGAGUGAAGUAACAGGAGGGACAGAAGACGAGAUUUCAGAAGAGGGAAAAUUGGCAAGCAAAAUAAAUCCUGACGGCAAGAAUGAGGAUGCUGAUUAACUACUGCAUUUCGGAUUAAGCUUCCUGCAUUCUUUGUUUUUGUUUUCCCUCAAGCUUGUAUUGCGCCCUUCUUCCACCCCUUUGGAGGGACUUUGAGCCAGAUACACAUUUGUAUCACACUGCCACAACUUGGUUAUCUGAGCGUGUGCCUGAGGCUUGCACUCAUUAAAAUAAAGAGUGCCAAAAAACAGGCAUCAUAAACUAGGUUGAAACAUGAAGAAAUCCAUAUUAUGCAAAAAUAACGAUUGUCAAGUUAAAAAAAGAGAGGUUUUUAAAAUGUACAUAAGCGGUGCUUAUUUCCAUAUAACUCCUGUGUUUCAAUGUGGUUGUAGCACAAAUUGGACAUUGCACUCUUAAGUAUUAUAAAAAAGGCAAAAUGAAAAAUCAAAAAAAGAAAAGAAAAACAACUUUUUUAUGUUAAAAAAAGCAUUGCCUAUACAGUAUGUACUUAUACUGCAUUUGAAGACGCAGUUGUGUGUCAGUGUUAUAGUUCGUCUAUCACUUCCUGUGAUACCCUUGAUUUUACCUUUGUUUUCCUAACCAGCCACACUAUUUUGGGGGUCUCACCAUGGCAUUUAAUGAAAUAAUUGUACCUAAAAAAAAAAAACAAUACCUAUGUGAUUCUUAAACAUACAAAGUCUUAAGGUUGGCCAGGGGUGGAAGGAAAGUGUGUGAGAAACUAAUGAUGGUGAAUAUUCAUUGUAUGAGUGUUCGUCAGAACCCCUGCGUUUUUCGUUCGAGAAAAGCCUUAUAUGCAAACCCUUUCACCUGUGUUUUCUGCAAGUGCCAUCCUUGUACAGUAAAAAGCAAAGUCAACUAGUGUUCUCUUUGCACCUGCUUUAGUGUUAAAUAAAAUAUUUCACCUUGUUGUUUGAAAUACCUACAUCAGUAUUAGUAUAUCUAGACUGCAGUUGUUUAGUUUACAUAUUGUUUGUGCAAUUUUCUGUAUUUUUAAGGUCAUCUGUCAGUAUUAUCUUGGUUUGUUUUGUUUUGUUCAAUACAAAAUUCACUUUUAUUUUAAACUACCAUUUUAUUUAUGUGACUCAUUUUAUAUUUCCUAAUUAUAUUUAUUUCAUACUGUAGUGUACAGUAUUAUAGUUCCUUGAUAUAGAUAUAUUUUAGUAAAUAAGGAUCCUUACAAGUGGAGCAAAUUUUACGUAAAGAGAGCAUUUAUUGUAUCUGGAGCGAUUGAUGUGAAUUGCUGUUAAUACUACACUUACCUGAUGAAGGAGAAUCUACAAUUUGGGAACUUUUGAUACAAUAUUGUGAAAACACUGUAUUUUUGACUGAAAGGAAAAAAGAAUUCCACUUUAUUCAUCUUAUUUGUUUUUUCCUUUUUUCCCCUUUUUAGCUAAAUAAAUAAAGGGGGGCUGUGGUUGUUGGGAUUUUUGAAAUGUCUGUUGAAGUAUAAUUUAAUUUUUAUUUGUAAUUUCUCUUGAAAUUGAACUUGCUCGAAAUAAAUGUAGCCCAAUUUAAUUUUGAAAGCCUGUGCAACAUGUCACUGAAUUCUACUCACAAUUUGACAAACAUCAAUUUGAGUAUUUUACAAAUGUAAUUUCUUACAUAAAAUACAGAAUAAUCAUAAAGC